CUGUCUGGCGCUUUCUGAUUUUCUAUUGCGCUUCAACUUUCUUGUUCACUUUUGUUUGAUUUGUAUCUUAAGCUAGUUUCUCUCCUGUCAGUUGCGUCUCACUUUCGCAUCUGGUUUCUGCUGACAGCAUUGGGAGCUAUAUUUUACUUUGUCUCAACUCCAAGUCCUCUAGUUUUACUGUGCCAGUUCUGCUUUAUACUUGUACCGUCCUGUCCUUUGUGCCUUUUCUCUCCUGCUGAUCUAGUUUUUGUGCUUUUGCUUCACCUUUUUCUCUCCUUUUUCUUUACAACCUCCCUCCAUCCUCUUCUCUUCCACUCAAGCUCUUCUCAUCUCAGAGGAGCUCUGCCCUUCUGCAUCAUGGGAAAGACAGAGCUGUGCUCUCUCUAUAAAGGAUUUCUGGACUGUAUAUGCCUCUGCCUCUCUCGGAGAAGCAGCGAGUCUGAUUGCGACAAUGAGAGGGACACUGAGAACGGCCACCUGAUCUACAGGAGCGGGGACGUCCUGGAAGACAGAUAUGAGAUAGUCAACACUUUAGGUGAGGGGACCUUUGGGAAGGUGGUGCAAUGCACGGACCACAGCAGAGGAGGGAGUCAAAUUGCUCUGAAGAUCAUUAAAAACCUGGAUAAAUACAGAGAGGCAGCCAAACUGGAAAUCAAUGUCCUGGAGAAGAUCAGCGAGAGAGAUCCAGACAACAGAAAUCACUGUGUGCGGAUGCUGGACUGGUUUGACUACUACGGCCAUGUGUGCAUCUCUUUUGAGCUGCUGUCUCUCAGCACCUUCGACUUCUUGAAGGCAAACAACUUCCUGCCUUAUCCCAUUAACCAGAUCCGACACAUGGCCCAGCAGAUCUGCCACGCUGUCAGCUUUCUCCAUGACAACAAGCUGACUCACACCGACCUGAAGCCGGAGAACAUCCUCUUUGUGAUCUCUGACUACAGCUUCAUAUACAACGCUGAGAAGAAGUGUAAUGAGCGGAGAAUAAAAGACACCACAGUGCGGCUGGUCGACUUUGGCAGCGCCACCUUUGACCACGAGCACCACUCCACCGUCAUCUCUACGCGUCAUUACCGAGCUCCAGAGGUCAUUCUGGAGUUGGGUUGGAGUCACCCAUGUGAUGUGUGGAGUAUCGGUUGCAUCCUGUUUGAAUAUUACGCAGGCUUCACACUGUACCAGACUCAUGACAACAAGGAGCAUCUUGCUAUGAUGGAGAGCAUACAGGGAGCACUUCCUCAGAGUAUGAUACAGAAAACUAGAAAGCAGAAGUAUUUCCACCGAGGGCGUCUCGACUGGAACGAGUGCUCCAAGGCCGGGCGCUAUGUGAAAGCCAAGUGCAAACCAUUAAGGAAGUACCUGUCCUCACACGGGACAGAGCACCACCAGUUUUUCUUCCUCUUGGAGAGGAUGCUGGAGUACGAGCCAUCGACACGCACCUCGCUGUCCUCCGCCCUGUCUCACCCCUUCUUCCUGCCUCUCCUUCAUUCCGGACGGAGCCACGUCUGGAGGAACAGCUGUGAUACGAGCAGACGACCCUGAACAGACCCUAGACCCCGAGGACCAGUGGCAGACUGGCCAUCGGGACGUUCGGGACCCCGGCACCCCGUUGACAAUUUAC